UAUAUAUUUCCAGUUAUCAUCAUGAUCUUACUAUUCUUUUUAAUUAUGUGCAGAAUCCUUUUAAGAGAGUAAUGGGGAACGGGAACUCGCCUUGCCUACCUGAUAGUAACCCAGUUAUCCCAACUGAGCAGAGUACGUUUACCUUGGUUCACACAACUUUGGCCAAAUGUAGAGGUGACAUAAAUGGUGAGCGUUGCGAGCUGAUCAGCACAGAUGACCAUGCAGAGCUCAUCAGCAGAGGUGACCAUGAAGUCCCAGAAUCACAAAAGAGCUCCAGCAUGGACCGAACGGGAGCUGCAUAUGUUUCUCCUUCCCAGAGGCUAGCGAAGAUUAGAAGGCAAAAAAAAACCCGCACGCGGGAUGAAAUGUUCUCUGAGCUCAUGCUGUCCUCCCACACUGACAGAGCACAGCAGAAUGCAUGGAGGCAGACAAUGUCGGAGUGCAGGAAAGCACAAUAUGAACGCAAGGAGAGUGCUGGGCUGAAGAGAGUAAGUGGCAGGCUGAAGAUGAUCGGUGGCAUCAGCUUGUUGACAGAAGGCAGGAGUCAAUGCUCAGACUGCUGGAGGUUCAAACUCAGAUGCUCCAGCGUAUGGUUGAGCUGCAGGAAAGGCAGCAGGAGCACAGACCGCUGCUACAGCUCCUGUGUAACCAACAGCCCUCCUCCCCAAGUUCCAUAGCCUCCUCACCCAGAUGCCCAAGAACGCAGUGGGGGGGCCUCCCAGCACCCAGCAACUCCACCCCAGAGGAUUGCCCAAGCAACAGAAGGCUGGUAUUCAAUAAGUUUUAAAGUGCAGAGUGGCCUUGUCCUUCCCUCCUCCCCUACCCCACCUGGUGCUUCCCUCCUCCCCAACCCCUCCCGGGCUACCUUGACAGUUAUCCCCCUAUUUGUGUGAUGAAUGAAUAAAGAAUGCAUGA